GAGAGGGAACUUCCUUUCUACUUGGAGUAAUUUUAUUUCAGUCAAAUUAAUAAAUGGACUUGAGACUUCGUGCCGUGUUUUAGAAAAUUGAACUCUAUAUGUACCACAUGUCCUCUUUCAGCUGAGUGCGGAACCGUGCUUGUCGCGGGCAGUCGGUGCCGGAUAAUUUCCUCGUGUUGUUAUGGCUCUCGGUAGUGAAGUGAAUGAUGAUAAUAACUCGAAACACACAUCUCAAAAAGUGAAAAAAUGCGCGAUUAACAGCAAUGUGAACGACAAAUGUGGUAGCGAGAAUAUUAAUAAAGCUGAUAAAGUCGAGAAGCAGUCGGUUAAGAUGACAAAAGAGACGGGGGGGAAAAGCGUGUCGUGCAGCAACGGGCACGCUAGCACGCCCAACGGGCGCGCGGACGACGAGGGCGGUGGCCCCGCCCCCCGCGUCUCGUACGCCGCGGCCGCACGCAAAGCGCUGACUCCGCCCACAACGGCUAACACCCACCCAGGUUAUUACAAUUGUACAAAUAAAGCGAACAGUGAGAACCCCCUCCCGGCGAAGUCCGGUAACCCACCUGCGAAAGUUAACGGCGAGAAAAACACUCCAGUAGCUAAUGAUAGUAAAACAAAUAAGUUAAGUACCAAAGAACAAAUUAUGAAUGGAAACGAAUGCGUAGAUGUUGUUAAUGGUGACCAAAAAAAGGAAUCACUUUGUGAUAUUAGUAGUAGUAAUAAUAAUCAUACAAAGAUAGUUUCUAAUGGAGUGAACAGUGAUUCAGACGACACAAAGUCGAGCAAGUCGGAUGAUGCGAAUGAUGUUAAUUCGAACUCGGCAAAAACAAAAGGAGAUGCAAAACCAGUCGGCAAUAAGAAAAAGGAAAAUAAAAAGAAUAAUGCAAUGGAUAAAACAAAGGACACCAAGAAAAAGACGGCUAAUAUAGAUAAACCAGAAAAUAAUAAAGAAAAGGAGGAGGAAAAAGAAGUGGAGAAAGUAAAUGGAGAUUGUAAAGAAACUAAUGGUGAGAAAGAGAGAGAGUCUUCUCCCAGUGAGGAUGACGAUGACAAGAAAAGAGAUGCCGAGGUUGUGUUCGUUCAAGACAUGGGAUUCACAGUCAAAAUUGUGAGCCCAAGAGCAGAGCCACUAGAUAUUCAGGUAUCAAGUAUGGAGCUAGUACAAGAGAUACACCAGGUGCUGAUGGAUAGAGAGGACACCUGCCACAGAACGUGUUUCUCUCUCCAACUAGAUGGCGUCACGUUAGACAACUUUGCCGAAUUGAAGAACAUCGAAGGCCUCAAGGAAGGAUCAGUUAUAAAGGUUGUAGAGGAACCCUACACAAUGCGCGAAGCGAGAAUCCACGUUCGUCAUGUGAGAGAUCUACUCAAGUCCAUAGACUAUGUAGACGCCUACGCCGGCCAGGAAUGUAGCUCCCUCGCCUUCCUCAAUAUCAUCACACAGGGUGAUAUAUUAGAAAAAAAGAAGUCCAGGCCAGAGAGUGUGGACUGCACUCCACCCGAUUACAUAAUGCCGGGCAGCACGGAGCGGCCGCUGCUGCCGCUGCACCCGGGACUCACCAAGGAGAACAAGGCUCCACAGUGUUUGAAGGUGUGGACCACGUCGGGCUGGAACCCGCCGCCUGAGCCGCGCAAGAUAUGCGGUGACCUUCUGUGCCUGCACGUGGUCACGCUCGAGGACCGCCACUUCCACAUCACCGCCUGCCCGCGCGGCGUCUACCUCAACCAGUCCACCGAGGAAGUGUUCAACCCCCGUCCGUUCAACCCCUCCCUGCUCUGCCACUCGCUCAUCGAGCUGCUAGGCGUGGUCUCUCCGGCGUUCAAGCGCAACUUCGCGUUAGUCCAGAAGCGCCGCAUGCAGAAACACCCGUUCGAGCGGGUGGCCACGCCCUACCAGGUGUACCAGUGGGCGUCGCCCGUGCUCGAGCACACGGUUGACGCGAUACGCGCUGAGGACACGUUCUCAUCCAAGCUGGGCUACGAGGAGCACAUCCCGGGUCAGACGCGCGACUGGAACGAGGAGCUGCAGACCACGAGGGAACUGCCGCGAUCCACGCUACCUGAACGUCUGCUCAGAGAGCGGGCUAUCUUCAAGGUGCAUAGCGACUUCGUGGCAGCAGCGACUCGGGGUGCGAUGGCGGUGGUCGACGGUAACGUGAUGGCGAUCAACCCCGGAGAGGAACCCAAGAUGCAGAUGUUCAUAUGGAACAACAUCUUCUUCUCUCUUGGUUUUGACGUCCGCGACCAUUAUAAGGAUCUGGGCGGUGAUGCCGCGGCGUUUGUUGCUCCGCGCAACGACCUCCAAGGAGUCCGCGUGUACAGCGCAGUCGACACAGUCGGCUUACACACCCUGGGCACCGUGGUUGUGGACUACCGCGGGCUGCGGGUAACCGCCCAGUCCAUCAUACCCGGGAUACUCGAGAAGGAACAGGAGCAGAGCGUGGUUUACGGCAGCAUCGACUUCGGCGCGACUGUGCUCAGCCAUCCGAAAUAUAUGGAGCUGCUGAGCAAAGCCGGUCAGCAGCUCAAGAUAAUGCCGCACUCGGUGAUCAGCGCGGGCGGCGAGACGGUGGAGUUGUGUUCGAGCGUGGAAUGCAAGGGCAUCGUGGGCAACGACGGCCGACACUACAUACUCGACCUGCUGCGCACCUUCCCCCCCGAUGUUAACUUCCUGCAACUUGAAGAUGACGAGUUGAGAGAGGAUAUCAAAUCGAUGGGCUUCCCGAUUAUACACAAGCACAAACUAUGCUGCCUUAGACAGGAACUUGUUGAUAGUUUCGUAGAAGCGCGUUACUUUAUGUUUAUUCGGUAUGCUGCGUUCCACUUGCAACAGCUAAGCGCGAAACGACAGAAUAAGACGCCAGAUCAAAAGUCAAUUGAAGCAAACAAAGAGAGUGACAAGAUCGAUGUCGUCAAAGAAGCAAAGGAAAACAAAGAGGAGAAGACACAGGAGAAAGCUAAAGAUAAAAAACAAAAGAAGGAGGACAAGAAGCAGGAAAAGGAAAAAGUUCAAAGUGACAAAAAAGAUGCCAAAGAAAGCGUUGUGGAGGAAACAAAAGAUGCUAAAGACAAGGAGGAGGAUAUAUUGCUUAACGAAAAUUAUUCUGAAAUUGAUACAGACGUUGCAAAAAAAAUUGUCGAGAGUAUCACUGACUCCAUAUGCAGCGGAGGCGACAAACAGGAGAAUGAUUCGGGCGAGCGGUCUCGCGCGGUGGUCGCGGCGGCGGCGCGUGCGGUGGCCUCACUCAAGGAGUCCGAGUUCGAUGUUCGCUUCAACCCUGACGUGUACUCGGCGGGCAUCAAACACGCGGCCACACCUGAGCAGCUGGCGAAACAGAGACAUCUGGUGAAGGAGGCAGCUGCUUUCCUGUUGACUACGCAGAUACCGGCUUUUGUACGCGAGUGCUUAGAACACUCAUCAGCGCCGAUGGACGGCGCAGGUUUAUCCGAAGCGUUACACGCGCGCGGUAUCAACGUGCGCUACCUCGGCCGCGUCGUCCAGGCGUUGCGUCCGCACACGCAACUUGCGUACUUGCACGCCAUCGCGCUAGCCGACCUCAUACUGCGCGCCGCCAAACACAUAUACACGCCGUAUUUGCAGGGUUGCGAUGCGAUGUGUACGGGCGCGGCGGUCGCCCACUUCCUCAACUGUUUGCUGGGGGCGUGUCCGUCGCCCGCGGUGGGCGGGGCCGAGUUGGGGGUGGAGCGAGUGCGGCCGCGCCGCCGCCGCAAGAACGCCGACCCGCCGCCCCCGCAGGCGCAGUCUAACUGGCAGAACCUCACGCCCAAGUCGCUGUUCUCUCAGAUCAGGCAGGAGCUGAAGGCAUACUGGGGCUUUGAAUUGAAUGCAGAGAGCAUGGAGUCUGUUAUAGAAAAAUAUGGUCUUCAAAAAAUUUCACUUUUGAGAUCUUUUGCAAUCAAAGUGGGACUUCAGGUGAUGCUGCGUGAAUAUGACUUCGACAAUAAGAACAAAACGACGUUUACCGCGUCAGAUAUCACAAACAUUUUCCCAGUCGUCAAACAUAUCAAUCCGAGAGCAUCGGACGCAUACAACUUCUACACGACGGGCCAGAACAAGAUACAAUCGGGCGCGGUGUCUGAAGGUCACGAGCUUAUCGCAGAGGCGCUCAACCUUCUCAACAACGUGUACGGCGCGAUGCACGGCGAGAUAGCGCAGUGUCUACGCAUGGUUGCGCGCCUCUGCUACGUGACGGGCGAGCACAGGGACGCUAUGGCGUACCAACAGAAGGCCGUAUUAAUGUCUGAGCGAGUCAACGGUAUUGAUCACCCGUACACUAUUACGGAAUAUUCGCACCUGGCGCUAUACUGCUUCGCUAACGGUCAAGUGAGCACCGCUCUCAAGCUGUUGUAUCGCGCGCGGUACCUCGCGCUCAUUGUCUGCGGCGAGAACCAUCCGGAAAUGGCGCUGCUCGAUAGCAAUAUAGCGCUGAUUCUGCACGCGGUUGGCGAGUACGAGCUUUCGCUGCGGUUCGCGGAGCGCGCGCUCGCAGUUACGGGAGCGACGCACGGCGCACGCUCGCUCAAGGCUGCGGCCGCGCGACACCUGCUCGCCCGCACGCUGUCCUGUCUCGGCGACUUUAGAGCCGCACUCACGCACGAGAAGGAGACUUACUCCAUAUAUAAGCAGCUGCUGGGCGAGAACCACGAGAAGACAUGUGAAUCAUCAGAAUGUCUACGCCACUUGACCCAACAGGCGGUGGUUCUACAGAAGCGGCUGGCGGACGCGGCGGCGCGCGGCGGCCCGCGGCCCCCCCUCCACAUACAGCCGCCCGCGCUCCCCGCCGUUAUAGACAUGCUCAACCUGAUUAACGGCAUACUGUUUGUGCAGAUCAGUCCUCAAGACAUCGAACAGUUCAAAGCGGAGAUCGAGAAAAGACAACUGAAAGACUUGCCCAUCCCGGGCGUGCUUGAGGCGAAGGGCGAGACGGAGGCCGACAGUUGAAGCCCCCGCCCCCCGUCCCCAACGCGCACGUAACUCCACGUUGUUCCUUAUAUCUUUGCGGUAUGCCGUAGUGAAUAGUGUGCUAAGGUUUGAUGUAGAUUUUUUUAGUCAAUUUCGAGGAUAUUAUUUCGAUGGAAUAUGUACGAUUAAGAAUUAUUUUAUUAUAUCACGAUGUGCAAUAGUGCUGACGGGCUCGGGGUGACACUGGUGCUACUGCCGAAUCAUUGCGGGCCGUUUCGUUUAUGAAUCGAGUAUUAAAUUUUUCUUUUUUGAUAACGCAAGAUUAUAUCGUUGAUACCGUUAGAAUUAGAAAUUUAUAUUGUCACUGAAAUGUAACAUGCUAUUAUUUGGCGAGCGAGCGCUCGCGAUCACUAUGUUGUACUGCCUAAAUUAACCAGUUCUUAGUGUAUGUAGUGCCAUAUUGUAGUUAAACUUUAAGUCCUCUAAUACCUUUCGUUAGUCUGUGAUAUAAAGUGUGCAUCGUUGAGACGCUCGCCGGCUAUGAAAAUAGCCUUAUAAAAAUGGAAACGCUUUAAACUAAGCCUAAUCUAGUCUCUAAUGGCGCAUUUUCACUGGUCGAUAGGAUCCGCAUACGGGGUGCGGGAGA